UGGAGCGAGGCUUCCCCAGAUGCGUCAGUGUCUCGUUGCAUUUCGCCGCCUAACGACGGAGACGGUCGAGAUGGUGAAAAAACUGCAUCGGAAACACGGUGACUUUUUAUCAGUUUGACACUAUUGUUCGGUAGAAUAGGGUCACGACCAGUGCCAAGGAAGUGCAGUGUGAUAGCAUAGCAUAGAAGAGCUCAGUGAAAGAAGUUUCAGUGUUAGCCUAAGAUAGCGGAAACGGUUCAAUCCUCUUGGGAUUGCACCGAGCAGAUCUUCCUGGAUCUGAAAUUUUCACAAUUUCUCAGGUGUCAAUCCCCGUGGGAAUUAAUUAAAAUCUACCAGACACAAUCAAGCAAUUGGAGCCCCCGUUCGUUGUGAGAUAGAGUGUGAAAACACCAAGUGCCACUUGUACCAAUCGUUUUCAGGUGAACUGCUUCAGGGGUUGAAGGAAUCCAAACAACCAUCGCCUGUUUGGGAAGGAAAAACAACGCCGGCAGAGCAUUAAAUAGAGUUCGCGUGCUUUCGUGUAGACGCCGCCAACAAUAACAGUGACGACAAGAGCGGCGACGUCCAACACAAUGCGAGAAUGGCUGAAAAUCUCGCUGAUGCUGUGUACGUUUGGAUUCUUUCGGGAGAUGCGUCCCUCGGAACCGUUCGUUACGGAGUUUCUGUCGGGCGAAUGGCGUGACAUUGAACCGGAGCAAUUGAACCGCGAUGUGUACCCCAUCGGCACGUACAGCUAUUUGGGCCUGCUGGUGGUGGUCUUUCUCGUGACGGAUAUUUUGCGCUACAAAUCGAUAAUCAUAUUUUCUGCCUGCGUCGGAAUCGUGAUAUGGUCAUUGCUGCUGUGGACCAGCACAUUGGCUGCACUGCAGGUGGUUCAGGUCCUGUAUGGCACCUACAUGGCUGCCGAGGUUGCAUACUUCACAUACAUCUACGCCAAGAUUAGCCGGGACAAGUAUCAACAGGUUACCGGCAAUACUCGGGCAGCAAUUCUGAGUGGGCGAUUUUUGGCAAGCGUUCUCGGCCAAGCAAUGGUGUCCACCGGCGCCAUGGAUCUUCGGGAGCUGAACUAUAUUACGCUGGGUGCGCAAGCAUUUUCCUUGCUGUGGUCGUUCAUUUUACCACCGGUCAAAAGCAGCAUCUACUUCUACUCGGACUCCGGCGACUACAGUAAAAGUCACACAGAUUCCGGCAACGGCGCAGUCCAGGCGGAAAUUGAAAAUGAUAGCCGUAGUGCCAGUACCAUUUCAGUUUGUAGUCGAAACGGCACCGUCACUGCCAAUGGCGACAACCAAACCAAAUCCGAUGUUGAUCUGACCUCCAAUGCGGCAGUUGUCAGUGCCUUCGAGAGUCGUAAACCCCAAGAUUCGGACGGCAGCAACACUUCAAAGGUUCGAUUUUCGUGCCAUCGAGCUGGUAAUUUGAUAUGGACACACUUCACGGCAGCUUACUCGAACCUCACAAUAGUGCAGUGGAGCUUGUGGUGGUCAUUGGCCAUGGCUGGUUUCAUUCAGGUGCAAGUCUACGUGCAGCUUCUGUGGCAGGAAAUCGACCAGAAUCAGGAGUACCUCUACAAUGGCGGGGCGGAAGCUUUGUUGACCUUGCUGGGAGCCAUCAGUGCCAUGGCAGCCGGAUACGUGGCCAAUCGAGUCUUCGAGCAGUGGACACUGUGGGUCUUGACCGUGUGCUCCGCCCUGCAGGGUGGAUUGAUACUGUACUCCGGCUUCUCGACAAAUAUUUGGGCAGCGUAUACCGUUUACAUUCUGUUCGGAGCGCUGUACAUGUUCAUGAUAACGAUGGCCAGUGCAACCGUGGCCAAAUAUCUGCAGGAGGACAGUUUUGGAUUAAUUUUCGGCAUAAAUACGUUCGUGGCGUUGGCCUUCCAGUCCAUCCUGACUGUGGUGGUCAUUUCCGAGUCGGGCCUGAUGCUGACGCCACGUGGCCAGUUCAAAGUUUACGGCGGCUACUUCCUGGCCCUGGCUGCGGUAUAUCUCGUGCCGGCAACUGUCAGCAGCGUGAGGCACUGUAGCAGGGGGAGGAGGUCACCGGAGGGCGAUAGUGGCAUUGGCGAUGAAAGUGGAAAAGUUGAUCCCCAAAUGAUGGCAACGCAAAGCAACCGGCAGCAGCAGCGGGUGGAACUCGAGGGGAGCACUCAUUUUUAAUCGCUUUGUAGGUAAUUGUUUUGAAAAAUGAAAAAAGCUUGUUGGUGCGAUAGCAAUUAGGUUAAUGAAGUGUUACAAUUUGAACAAACUGUAAUAAAUCGUGAUGUGCGCUUGUGUUUUUA